UUUUUUUUUUUUUUUUGUGUCAUCAUAAUGUUUAAACAUUGAUUUUGCAGCCCAUUUAUACUUUAGGCUUUUAAUGGUUGUAUCCUUCUCUUGAAUGGUAGUUCUAGUUUCCUUUGAAAAUAUAUCAUUAAUGUCUGUUUGGCCUUUAUCAUGGGGAACAGGCAAAUAGAAUUAAAAAACCCACCUUUUCAUCUAUGCAAAGCGUAUCUAAUGGUCAUGGGAACCUGUCUACGUUCUCCACACUCUGAACUAAAUUUUCUUCUUCAAAGUUGCAUAUAUGAUGUUACGUGAUAGGUAUUAAUGAUUUUCUUUCAACCUUUUCAUACAUAGUUGUUGGCUCUAUCCCAGUUUCUAUAUAAGAGGUUUGUUUGUGUGAGGGGUGUGAUUCUACUACUUAUCUACAAGUGAGAAUAUUGUUUCUUUUCGAGCACAAUUCUAGCUCAGGCAUAUUUGUAAUCAUGUUAUUUGUGAAGGAAAAAUGUGUCCACUAGGUUCCUUUGAGUUUAACUUGCAUGAUUCUGUUGAAGGUUUCUGAGCCUUUGCCUAACCUGGUGGUCAAUGGUGAGAGGGUGGACUUGGUGGAAUUUCUUGCCGAUUGUUAGGAGCCUUUGGCGAUUGUUUCUAUAUUGUCUUUGCAUUUUUUUAUGGUUGCAACAAUCAAUGGUGUUUAGUUCGUCUUGAGGACCAAGUUUCAUGCAAUCCCAGUACGUAGUAAGUUAUGAUGCCCUUACUGUUUCUGGCAACCAUUUCCGCAGAGUACGCGACGUGGAUAUGAAGCGAGACUAUGCAUUCGUGGAAUUCAGCGAUCCAAGAGAUGCUGAUGAUGCUAGAUAUCACUUGGAUGGAAGAGAUGUUGAUGGGAGUCGCAUUACUGUGGAAUUUGCCAAGGGGGUACCACGUGGACCUGGAGGUGUUCGAGAGUAUGUUGGCAGGGGUCCUGCUCCUGGUUCUGGACGUUGCUUUAAUUGUGGCCUUGAUGGCCACUGGGCCCGAGAUUGCAAGGCUGGAGACUGGAAGAACAAGUGUUAUCGCUGUGGGGAAAGAGGCCAUAUAGAAAGGAACUGCCAGAAUAGUCCUCAGAAGCUCAAAGCCCGGAGUUACUCUCGUUCACCUGUCAGAUCCCGUUCUCCUCCUCGCCGUGGCAGGAGGAGUCCAAGCUUCAGCCGAAGCCGUAGCUAUAGCCGGUCCAGAUCCCCUCCUAGAAGAGGAAAAAUUGUUGGGUAUGAAGAAAGGAGAUCCAUGAGUCGAAGCCCCAUGCUAAAGAGUGGCACUCCUCCAUCCAAAACAAGGAAGCGCAGCCCAUCUCCUUUUGCAGACAGCCCUAUCGAAAGAGGAAGUCCAUCUCCCAUUAGGGAGGAAAUAGCGUCCGGGCAAUAUAGGUACAGUCCAAGUCCAAAGGCGUUGAGCAGAAGUCCAGCAAGUCCUGAGAGGGAAAGCCCUGCUGUUAGGAGGUACGAUGACAGCCCUUAUGGAGCCAAUGGUGACAAUCGCAGCCCUAGUCCACGGGACGAUAGGAGUCCGGUUGAUGAGGAUGAUAAUGUACCUUCCAACAGAGGCAGUGAAUCUCCGUAAAAAUUUUACCUUCUGAACUUCUGUAAGUUCGAGCAGACUGUAGGUUUGUGAUUGUGUGUGUGUUAAUUAUAAUUGACAUUUAUCAUACACUGAAUUGCUAGUUUUCAACUUUUCCAAUAACUAAGAUGAAAUGAGGUAGACUACAUUUUCUAUUCGUCCUUGGUCAGUAUGUUACAAGAUAUUUUUUCAGUUCUGUUAUGGUCAAAUUUAGCUGUUUCUUCAAAGAA